AUGGCUAAUGGUAAUGGAAGUGAGUCAUCAGUUAGUGGUACGGAAUCGAUGGAAAGAGUAAUGGAAAGAGCGGUUGCUAGUUUUCUACAAGCCUUUCAAGCUAACAUCACCAAUGGGACGCCGGGACGGCAAGAGGGGCCGAUUACCAUAAAACAGUUCCAGGAUCUGAAACCCACCACAUUUACCGGCAGCCCAGACCCAAUGGUAGCAGACGCUUGGGUGAAAGACAUGGAAAAGAUUUUUCGUGCCCUACCUUGCACCGAGAGGCAAAAGAAGGAAUCCGAAUUCAUACAUCUGAAACAAGGAACUAUGACGGUGGCCGAAUAUGAGAGAAAGUUCACACAACUCGCUCGGUUUGUAACAUACGCCAUCCCCACCGAAACUCGAAAAACAAGAAAAUUUGAAGCAGGUUUGGAUGUUGGAAUUAAAGACAGGCUUGAAGUCUUGAAAUUGCCAACCUAUGCAAAAGUGGUGGACCGGGCGUACAUAGCAGAAAAGGGAAUUAAAGCCUCGCAUUCCGAAGAACCAAGCUACAAGAAGUGA